AUGGCGGGUUCUAGUUCUAGUGCUAGCAUUCAAGAGGAAGCUACUAGUGCUGUUUUUGAUGGUACGGUGGGGACACAUUCCAAUCUGAGAUGUUUUCUUGACAGUGUGACUCCAAUUGUUAAGGCAUAUAGGGUUCCUAAAGCACCCUACUAUCUUCCACAGCCAAACGAACAUAAUGGAAACAUUGGAGAUGGAGUCAAAUGUUUCUACUACCUUGGAGAUCUUUGGAAUUCGUUCUACAAGUGGAGCGCCUGUGGUGUUGGUACUUCAGUGUGCAUUGCUCCGGGUGGGACAGUAGAGCAAUACUUCGUGCCGUAUCUUUCAGCCAUGGAACUGUACGCCAACGAGACAAAUGUUCCUGCGUCAAACAGCAUGGUAUAUGAUGGAAGGUUCAAUGGGUACAACCAGCAUGGUGCAACAGAGUGGACUACUCAUGGAUAUCAGACACCAUCAAACAUGCGCAAGGUCGGAGUACUUGAGAGCAAGGGGGAGUUACUCUUCAAGUAUUUUGAACCUGACUCCCCGUACGAAAGGAUACCUUUCGUGGACAAGGUGUACGAGCUAUACACUGAAAGGCCUUUCAUAACAUCUUUGAACAGUUUAGAGCUCUCACCAUCAAGUUGGAUGUCAGUUUAUUGGUAUCCAACAAGUCAUGUCCCUGCGAAGAACCAAAAAGAUCUUAAUACUUGCUUUUUGACGUACCAUAACCUCUCAACAUCUGAAGGCAAUGUGUCUUUAGACCGUGUGCACGACUCCAAUCAUGUGGCGCUUGCCCCGUUCGGCCUUGCAACAUUCAAGCUAGACGCCAAAGUGUGGGCUAAUCCAGACUCCGGGGACCAAAAGCAUAUUGUUUCUCUGUACGAUGCAGCACGGUCAUGGCUCAAGAAGCACAGCAUCCACCACUAUGACUUCAACUACUUCUCCUACAGAUGCUCAUCCACAUGA